AUGAUGAAGAUAUCGGGAGGGAUCUUCAAGAAUCCGCUCCGGAACAACAGAAAGUCGGAGGCCAACACUUCAGACAAGCAGGCGAAGGCUACUCAGGAAACCUUAGAGCCAACAUUGUCAGAAGAUGAAGAUGAUGAACUUUCCAUAGCUUCCUUCAGCUUGCGUCCUUGUACGAACAGCACUCGGGGUAACACUAAUCGAGGAAACAUACCUCUUAACGUCGACGAUGACGAAUCGAGUAGCGAUUCGUUUCUCAAUGAUGAUCCUGUUGCUACUAAAGAACAGAGCAGAUCCUCUUCUUCCGAGAGAAAGGAAGAAUUUCCCAAGACAACUGUGUUCCAAUACAUCAGAAGGAUGGAGAAGGUGGAGUCUUCACGGACUUUUCGAACUGUAGCGACAGUCGAAGAAGAUGCCGAAGCUGAAGAUGACGAGAUUCACGCGUCGGAUCACUAUCGGGCAUCGUUCCGAGAUUUUGAAAAGGAGGCUCCUACUAUUGGUCCAAACAAGUCCAACACCUCCUCACUAUCUAAGUCUCCAAAAUCACGAAAGCUAAAGACAACUAAGAAGCUUGAAACAAAUGGCUUUCCCUUAGACUCGCCUGGCAAGCUAAAGAAGAAAAAGAAGAAAAACAUAUCAAAGAAGGCCAACAAGGAUGCAAUUUCAAAUGGUGCAUCGUUUUCAGUGAACCUUCCAGAGUCCUUCCGAGAUCUUGACGAGGAAUCGAACCGAAAGGUGAAGACAAAGUCUAAAAAGAAGACAAGGAAGAGUCAGAACAGUGUUGAUUCAAAGAGUCAGCCAAAGAGACGAAGCAGCGUUGAAUCUAAUAACAAGCCAAAGAGGCACAGCAGUGUUGGAUCAAAGACCCAGCCAAAGAGGCAAAGCAGUAUUAGCAGCGUACAAUCGAAGACACAGCCAAAGAGGCAAAGUAAUAUUGGAUCCACGAUUCAGCCAAAACGAUUCAGCAGUGUUCCGAAGAGGAAAAGCAGUAUUGGUUCAAAAACUCUGCCGAAGAGGCAAAGCAGCGUUGGAUCAAAGAGUAUGUCGUCCGAUCAGCUUUCUAUAUCCUACAUUCCUUGCUCCUCCUCAGGCAGCCGUGACUCUGAAAGUCAAUCACAAGAGGUGAGAAUCAGCAUGACCGAGGCACACGAUUCCAACAAUGCUUCAGUAUCCUCCAGCAGCCAUACCCGUGACAGUCAAGAGCCAAAGAAGAGAAUCAGCUUUCCAUCCGAUGAGGCUCCGGAUUCAAACAAUGCUUCCGUACCUAGCAGCAAUCCCACCACUGAAAGUCAAGAGCCAAAGAAGAGCAUCCUUGUACCAUCAGACGAGGCUUGCGAUAUGAACACCCCUUCCAACAGUCCCUCCGCAUCAUCCGGCAACGAUAUGGCUGAAAGCCAUGGCACAAGCCAACAGCCGUCUACUGCUAUUGACCCACCAGAGGCCAACGCGUUACAUUACAGUCUCGACUUACAGAACCCCACCACCACUCCUGACGCCCCAAAUGAACCUGAGCAUGAGGAGGAUAAUAUGCUGCGAGAGAUAAUUCCGAGUCCGACAUUGGCGGAACGGAGGAAACGGAAACAAGCUACUUUGGACAAACUUGUCAACAAGUUCAAUAGUUACGAAUCUAAAUUGGAAGAAGAGCGAAUGGAACUUUCAAACCAUUCAAGAAGCCUUCAUUUCAAGCAAGAUCCAACGGAUCGACUGCUUGAGGAAGAGAUUCAGCAAAAGGUAGAACUCCAAAAGAUGCUACAGGAAGAGACAAAGCAAAAGGAAGAGUUCCAACGAUUACUGAAGGAGGAGACAAAGCAAAAGGAAGAGUUCGAACAGUUGUUGAAGGAAGAGACUAAGCAAAAGGCAGAGCUUCAAUCGCAACUUCAGGCACAACUGGACAACGCUAAUGUUGAAGGAAGAGAAUUAGAAGAACUGAAAGAGAAGAUUUUGAAGUUGGAGGAAAGAAAUGACCACCUUCAACAAGAGAACGCACAGCAUGAAGAGUCUAUUUAUUCUCUAAGGCUUGCCGAGAAGGAUAUGAAACGCAAGUUGUUGCUUGGUGCGAAAAGCCAAGGGGAACUCUUACUACUUCGAUCCACGCUAAACAGCAAAACGGCGAUGAUAGAAGAUCUUUCGAAGGAGUUGGCGCGAGCCAAGCAAGAGUUGGAUGAUGCUUUGAACCAGGACACAAAAGUCUCGCCACUGCAAAAGCAGAUUGAGACCCUGGAAGCCAACAAGAGGAACUUUGCAGCCGAAGUUGAAAGGCUGACGAAGGAGCUAAAACGAACGAAGCAAGAGCUACAAGCUGCCACUGAGACCAGUAUUACUGACGUUCCAGCUGCAGCAAGUUCGUGGCUUCAAACAAGGUCAUCAUUGUCCUCCAACAACUUGCAAGAAGUGCCGGAGCAAAGCAACACCGGACCAAGAACGCUCGCCGAGUUGGAGGAGAUUCUCGAGCCAACUAGCAAAAGUGCUAAAGAAGGUUCUUGGCUUUCCAAGUCGUUCCGAAGAACGGUGGAAAGUCCCAGACCUUCCAUUUCAAAUACCAAACAAGAGACGGUGAGUUCUUGGUGGCCCAUAUCACGCAAAAUGGUGGGGGAGCAGACUCCUGCUGUGCCAUCCGGUGACAAGACGAAUGAAAAUGGGUCGAAUAAUAGAGACACGGAUCUACUUGACUUCUUUGACAAAUCGGAUCAUCCUGAAUUCACUGAAAAGAGUGACCCAACUUGGUAUUAA